AUGUCUAAUUCUAAUCUAUUCCUCUUCUGCUGGACACGCACCCGCAGGACUUUCUGCACCAACAUCACCAACAAGCCUCCACCACCCUUCGAUUUCACCAAAACUCCAAUCUCCCGUCUCCCCACCGUCAUCAUUCUUGGCCGACCUAACGUCGGAAAAUCCGCACUCUUCAACCGCCUCAUUCGCCGAAGAGAAGCUCUUGUUUACAACACACCCGACGAUCAUGUCACCCGCGACAUUCGCGAAGGUGUUGCAAAGUUAGGUCACCUGCGUUUCAGAGUUUUGGACUCUGCUGGUUUAGAAGCUGAAGCCACUUCUGGUUCCAUUCUUCACAGAACUGCUUCAUUUACUGCUAAUGUGUUGGCAAAUUCUCACUCUUUACUCUUCCUCACUGAUGCAAGAGCUGGACUUCAUCCUCUUGAUCAGGAAGUUGGAAAAUGGUUGCGCAGAAAUGCACCUCAAAUUAAACCUAUUCUUGUUAUGAAUAAAUCUGAGUCACUUUUUGAUGCUGAUGACUCUCUUGCGUCUGCUGCUAAUGAAAUGUCUCGGUUAGGGUUUGGGGAUCCUAUUGCUAUAUCUGCUGAGACUGGUUUGGGUAUGCAUGACUUGUUUUUGUCUCUUAAGCCUGUCUUGGAGGAUUACAUGCUUAGUCUCUUGAAUGAUGAAAGUGCUAGGGAGAAUAGCUGCGGUGAUGAUACUAGUUCCCCUGAGGCUGACGAAAGCAAACUUCCGUUGCAGUUAGCAAUUGUAGGACGCCCCAAUGUUGGUAAAUCAACCUUACUGAAUACUUUGUUGCAAGAAGACCGUGUUCUUGUGGGUCCUGAAGCUGGUUUGACUAGAGAUGCAAUCAGAACUCAGUUUGAAUUUCAAGGAAGAACAAUUUAUCUGGUUGAUACUGCCGGCUGGUUACAAAGGACAAAACUGGAGAAAGGAGCAUCAUCCUUGAGCAUUAUGCAAUCAAGAAAGAGUCUACUCCGGGCUCAUAUAAUUGCUUUGGUACUAGAUGCAGACGAGAUAGUAAAUGCUAAACGAAGUAUGAAACAUGCUGAAGUAGUUAUAGCCAGACGAGCCGUGGAAGAGGGACGUGGUCUGGUUGUGAUUGUGAACAAGAUGGACCUUCUAAGGGGCAAAGACAAAUCAUCAUCCUAUGAGCAGAUUAUGGAGGUUGUUCAAAAAGAAAUUCAGACAGUUAUACCUCAGGUUACUGGAAUCCCAGUAUUAUUCAUUUCAGCAUUAGAGGGAAGGGGCCGGACAACCGUCUUGCAUCAAGUCAUUGAUACAUAUGAAAAAUGGUGUACAAGAUUAUCUACAGCUCGUCUUAACCGUUGGUUGCAAAAGGUUAUGAGCAGGCAUUCUUGGAGAGACCAGGCAGCACAGCCUAAGAUAAAGUAUUUCACUCAGGUUAAGGCUCGACCACCUACAUUUGUUGCGUUUGUGCGUGGGAAGGCCCGACUUUCUGAUACAGACAUCAGGUUCUUAACGAAGUCCUUGAAAGAUGACUUCGAUUUGGGUGGAAUUCCUAUACGUAUCAUGCAACGUGCUAUCGCUAAGAAAGAUGGCAGUGGAACUAGCAAGAGUAUCCAGUCAGUAGGCAGAGUGGCUGAAAGGAUUAAGUCUGACAAGAGAGAGAGAGGCGACUUAGUGGAAUCAAAGGCAUGA